CCUUCUUUACGCAAAGCCGUAUGGAAAUGAGCAAAAAUGUAAACAAUGACGUCAGCAUGAAUCCGCCUAUAGCAGCUAUUAUUUUCUCCUUGGCCAUUCCAUGGGUUUGAUGUUGAUCUUAUCCACUGAAUUGGAAUCCUUUGUGGAGAAACCAUCCUAAAAUCCACUCCAGUCUUUUGGCUAAUUUCAAUCUUAACCUGGUCUAAGGUUAAGCAGGACUGAUAGUUCUCCCUAUCAUUUGGCUGAACCAGACCUCUGGCUUUUCUUUUCUGUUCAAAUUGAAGGAGUAAAUGUUGUGUUAACUAUAAUUUCAUCAUCUCAUAGUAUCAAGAUUUCAAUAAACAUCAGGCCCAGUUGUUUCAAAGCCUAAUAAGCCCUAACCCAGGGUUAAAUUUUAAUCCAGGUUUCUUUUCUUUCCUCCUUUGUUCAAAAGCCUUUUGUUGGAAGAUUUUCUCUCUUAUUUAUGGAGCAUCCAGUCUUCAAAUUGUAGAGAAAAGAAUUCUACUCAAUUUUCUUUCCAAGCUUUCAGAUCUGAAAUUAAAUUCCAUUCUAAUCUUGGUCUAUCUUAACGCAGCUUUGAACAACCUGGCCCUCUAUAUUGAGUGAGAAGAAAAUUAUGGAAAGAGUGGAAAUAAUAGAAUACUCAGUUUUAAUUUAUGUCACACCCGGACUGCAAAGCCGUCAGAGUGUUUGCAAUGGAUUUUAGCAAAGCAUUUGAUUGUGUCAAUCAUGAACUCUUGUCAUCUAAGCUUGGGCAGUUGCCAUUGAAUCCCAUUAUUGUGAACUGGUAUUUAUGUUUUCUCAAGAAACGCCAGCAGCGAGUACUUUAUAACGGUUGUAAAGGACAGUGGCGUGAGGUUAAUAUGGGUACGACACAAGGUAGUUUCAGUGGGCCAUAUCUUUUUAAUGUGUUUAUUAAUGAUUUGGAGUUCAAUGUAGAAGGUCGCCCAGCCUUGUUUAAAUAUGCUGAUGACUCUACAAUUAUCGUCCCUUUUUGGGGAAAUGGCCAGUGUCGCACUGACUUGGUGGAUCAGUUUCUUAGCUGGUCCAGCCACAAUCACAUGACAUGCAAUCCAACAAAAUGCAAGGAGAUUAUUUUCCGUAAGAAAGGUUUCAAUCAGGACAUCGCACCAGUUAGGGAUAUACCACAGUGUGCAGAGUUAUCCAUAUUAGGUAUUACUUUCCAACAAAAUUGUAAAUAUAGCAGUCACGUGCGUGCGAAGGUAAUUAAGGCGAAUAAGUCAUUAUUCAUAUUAGGAUCUUUACGUAAGGAAGGAAUGUUCCAGGAGGAAGUAGAUCACCUUUUUAAUGCUAUAGUUUUACCAAAUUGUUCUUAUGCUCUUCCGGUUUAUGGUGCCUCAGACUCCGAGCUUUCUAUAUAACAGAACUUUUCGGACCGGUGUUUGAAAAGAAAGUUAAUGUCCAAGAAUGUAGAUAUGAGGGAUUUGCUAGAGAAGGUGAACAAGGCACUCUACAAAAAAAGAUCGAAUGACCCCGAAUGCCUGUUUUUGCAAUUUUUACCUAAGGAAAAGAA